UGGCUUUCUCUGGGUGCCAGGGACCACUCUGGGGACAUAUCCUGCCCAGCGCUCCACCUGGGGGAAGCCACGCUGGUUGAUUCCUUGGCCACGGGGCUGUUCCAGUGCCGUUGUGCCCAGGCUGUCUCCGAGACACCCGGCCGUAGCUGGCACGGCAGCAGGUGCCCAUCCCGGCCACGGAGCCCUGGUGCGGCUGCUCUGGUGCCUGCGGCGGCCGCCGGAUCCAUCCAAGGGGUGGGAAGCAGGAGCACGGCCCAGCUCGGUUGCCGGCGGGGAUCGCUGUGCCCUGCUCCUGCCCCGUCGGGGCAGCCGGCCCCGCGGCGAGCGGCAAGGAGAGGAGCCGGGCCCUGCCGGGGCUUUCCCAAAAAAGGCUCCAUCCAGGAGGCGGCAGGGACGUUAGCCGGGGGUUCUCGGCGGCACGGCUCAGCCGGGGGCUGGGAGGAGCAGAGAGCAGCAGAAGAGCCCCCGAAGCACGACCCAACCCCGUCCACCGUGUAUGAGGCUGGGACGCAGUACGCAGGACCCGCGUCCGCAGAGACACCCCUUCCGAUGUCCCGGCAUGAGACUUCUCCGACAACGGUGCAACCCGCCAGCAACCACCGCCCCAACGCCUGCUGCUUCUGCUGGUGCUGCUGCUGCAGUUGCUCAUGGAACGAGGACCGGGAGCGAGCGUGGAGGGCGUCCCGGGAGACCAAACUGGAGACCAUCCCAAACUGUGAAGCAUGCGCCAAACCCAGCCCGGAGGAGGUGCGGGGCUGGGCACAGUCCUUCGACAAGCUGAUGAAGAGCCCGGCGGGUCGCAACGUCUUCCGGGAGUUCUUGCGGACUGAGUACAGCGAGGAGAACAUGCUCUUCUGGCUGGCGUGCGAGGAGCUCAAAAACGAGUGCAACAAGCACACCAUCGACGAGAAGGCCAGGAUGAUCUACGAGGACUACAUCUCCAUCCUCUCGCCCAAGGAGGUGAGCCUGGACUCGCGGGUGCGGGAGGUCAUCAACCGGAAGAUGCAGGAGCCGUCCUCGCACACCUUCGACGACGCGCAGCUCCAGAUCUACACGCUCAUGCACAGAGACUCCUACCCUCGCUUCCUGAACUCUGCCAUAUACAAAUCGCUGCUCCAGAGCGUCUCCCGCUCCUCCUCGGAGUCCUAAGGGCACCCGCCGGCCGUGGGGACGCCGGUGGGGACACGGUGGCCUGGCGGGGGUGGUGGGCUCGGUGCCUCCUCCCCUCCGCCGCCCUCCCUGCCAGCCCCCUCCCAAGUUUUUAGCUUUUUACCUGUGAACCGUCACCCCGGUUUCUGGGCCACCCUCCAGGACUGUCCCCGGGGCUGAUGCCACUGCGGCAGCGCAGCCCGGGCUGGCUCGUACUACUGAACCCCUGCCCCGUCCCCGCCGCUGGCCGGAGCGAGCCGCGGGAGAGCGCCCAGGGCCCGGCUCCCCCUCCCCGGCUCCACCCGCACCCCAUUUUGAAGAGGUCACUUUAUCCCCUCUCCAACACACCUGGGGACACGGCACGUCCCCGUUUCCCACAUGAGACCCAGUUGGGGACUGGGUUGGGGUUUUUUUUUGGGGUGGGGGGGAGGUCGAUUGU